AUGGCUACUAAAGUUCUCGUGCUUGGAGCAACUAGGUACCUAGGAGGUUGCUCUGUCCUCGCAUCUCUUGUUAAAUCAUAUCCCAAUGUCAAGUUCAGUGCAGUCGUGCGGACGUCCACGACCAGCGUCCCAGACUCUUUUGCAGCGUUCGCAAAACAAUCCAAUGCGAUCACUCGACCGUCUUCUAUUCCUGACAAGUUUCGUGCAAUUGGUGUCGAACCCAUUCUUGGAUCUCUCGAUGACCUUGACCUAGUUACGAAACUCAGCACCGACGCAGACAUCAUCAUCGAUACUGCUGAUAGCGAAAACGCUGAUCUAUUGAAUGCGCUUCUGGAGGGCCAAAAACACCAGAAGGCAGAGGGUAAACCUACUGCCUCAUUUGUUCACACGAGUGGGACUCUUACUUUCACGGAUAAAUCUGGAGACGGAAAGUUUAAUACUAAUGGAAAGCUCUGGACUGACUCUGAGGAAGACAUCCCAUGCCACAUGGUCAAGUUACUGUACCGUUCAUUGAUGAAGGCUUCCGAAGCCGGGAUUGUCACCUCCUUCAUCAUAUCCCCAUCAGGUGUGUAUGGGACGUGUACAGGCCCUGUCGAGCGCGACUCGCUUAUAUCUCGACUGGUCGUAUCUAACUUUCUGAACGAAAAACGUGCUUAUUAUGUUGGCGAAGGAAGCAACCGUGAUGAAUUUAUACAUCUUGAGGAUCUUGUUUCUUUAUUUGAAAAAGUUUUCAAGCUCGCUCUGGAUGCUCUAUCCACUCCCCCAACAACUAGUCCUUACAAACGAUAUUAUAUAGCAAGCACUACACCCAUCCCAUGGAAGGAUGUCGUAGAGCGGUUUGCUUGCCAAUUACAUAAGAAGGGUCUCAUCAAAUCAUCCAAACCAAUUGUGAUUUCGUCUGCAAGCGAAGAUCUCGGUCCGCUUGCUCAUCUGCUGGCAUCAAACAUGAAUACUCGGGGUUUCCGCAGAGAGGAGUUGGGUUGGAAACCGAAACAUAUUGCGUUCUAG